AUGGGAGAAGAAUUAAUUUUGAAAAUUUUAGAUGUAAACCCCUUAACUUCAUUAUCAAGUGUUGGUAAUAUCAUAAAGCCUACAGGAGAAUGGUUAACAAAAGAAAGAGAAACAAAAAUCUUGAUAGAUUUUGGAAAUGCUAUAAUAACUCAAAUAUCUAUAUGUAUUUAAAUUUAACUUAAUUAGAAUAGAGAACUUUAAUGCAGAUCAAGUUAAUAUAACAUUAAAAGGAGAAAAUUGUGAUGAUCUUUAUUUUGAUAAAGUAAUUUGGAAGAAAAAUGCUGAAUGGAAUGAAAAAUGUAGUAUUGAAAUAGAACCAGAAUCAUAAUAAGUAUUCUAUUAAAUGAUGGUUGAAGUCUUAAAUUAUGGUUAAGAAGUUUAUAAAGGUUUAAAAAGAAUUAGGGUUUUUGGAAUUUAAGAUGAGUAAUUGUAUAAUGAGCGGAAAAAUAAUGUGAAAUAAUUGAAUAAGUAAUCUAAGAAUAAAUAAUAACAUAAAAGAGAUUCAUAAGAGAAGAAUGAUUAAAAAGAGAAGUAAUAAAAAAUUAAAAUAAUUGAAUCCUCAAUCAAAAAAAAUAAUUAAUGGGGAUAAUAUAAUAAAGUUUAAAAUCAAAAUACUAAAGAGUUUGUAUUUAUAGAUCCAAGAGAGAAAUUGAGGAAUAUUCACAAAAGUCCAUCUCCUAUUAAAGAAGAAAUUAUGUAAUUUAAUUAAAAUACUAUUCAAACACCUAAAUAAUCAGAGUCAUCUAUAAAACAUGGGUGUAGUAUUAAUGAAAAAAAUAUGAUUAAAUACAAUCUUAAUCAAAUUGAUAAAUAAUUUUUAGAGUUACAUUAAGAAUGUAAUAAUUCUAUUUUUAAUUUAAUUUAUAGUAUAAAAAAGCUCUGGUAUUGGGAAAGAAAUGUAACUAAAUUUUGCUAAUUUUGAAGUCUACUGGCUUUAAUGA